AUGGUAUUACUUCUUCGUCGUAUGUCUACUCUGGAAAAAUUAACUCUACAUAUUUCUGUAGAAGGUCGAAAUAAAGUUAUUGGUGUUGCUUUUGUUCAACAUGAUAUUUUGGAUUAUAUGCCACAACUUCGUUCAUUCACUUUCUAUAUUUGUACUUAUGUUGGUCCAAUUGCUGCUUUACCCUACAAGUUAUCUAGUGAAGAUAUUCAACUAACAUUAACAAAUACUGGGCUACAACAUGUUAGUAGUAUGGUCAAUUAUGUUACUUCUAGUGUCAAUUUUGUUUAUGGUGUCAGAGCUGCAUGCUCAAUUUUCUCACUACCUUUUGAAUUUAACUAUCUUCAAGAUCUUGGCAAUAACUUUCCAAAUAUUGUAUUUAGUUAUGUUACCUAUUUACUUAUACAAGAUAUUUUUCCAUUCGAACAUGAAUUCUUCAUGCGAAUUACCCGAUCGUUUCCGUUACUGAAGCAUUUAUGUAUUCGGAAUCAACAAUCACAAAAAUUGGAUGGUCAUGUGACAUUUUCAUCUGACAAUUGUCAAUUACACUCAAUUAUUGAAUAUCCUCAUCUGACUAUACUCGAUGUCAAGUUUUCACAUAUAGAUUAUGCUGAACAAUUUUUAAAUGAAACAAAGACAUUUGUACCUUGUCUGACGGAAUUUGUAUUUUCAUUUGACGAUGAUUUAAAAGCUGUAACGAAAGAUUUUACAAGAGAAGAAACACGACGCAAUUGUGCGAAGUAUUUUACUAUACCAGUAAUCAUUUCAUAUUUAUUAAUUUCAGCAUUACUCAUUGAUGAUUCAGCACCUAUCAUAGCUACUGUAAAAUGGUUACGAUUAAUUUAUGCUACUACACCAUGUUUAUUAAGUUGA